UCGUACGGACAGUCCUUUCUGCAGUCUGAUAUAGAAGUGUUUAGACAGAACCUCAACUCUCUGCAGCAACUCAACUCAAAGUGGAGGCUGUACCAGAAGCCGAUCUUCAAGGAUGUGAUGUUGUUCCAGUUUACAAGUGUGCUUCUCCAAGUUCUAGUCCACAGGUCACAUGACCUUCUCCAAGAGGAAAUCGUCAUGACCAUAUACAACAUGGCAUCUGUAGACUUUGGGAAAUUUUAUUCAGAAUUUUUACCACGGUUCGUUGGUGAUUAUGAUGGCCUGGAUGCUAACCAGAAAACAAUACUGGGCCAAAAUUUCAGGCUUGAUCAGGACUUGCCAUCGUUUAUGCAGAGUGUCCAACGCCUUGUAAAUGAUCUGCGUUUCUACAAACUUGUGAACAGCAGUUUACCAGAAGGCUCCGUCAAUUUCUAACCAAAUCCCACCAUGUACU